UGCGUUUGCCGUGAAAGCCUUACCCCUUUUCAACCACAAUGGAGUCUAGAGAGAUUUACUCCCCUACUACUAAUUCUUACCUAUAAAUUAAUUCGGGUUAUAUUCAGCCUAUAUUUCCCGUUCAUUGCCAACAGUGAUUUGACAUAUUUGUGGCUCAAUUGCGGCAAAAAUUGCAGUUUCUAAAAGCAUAUAUUUGUUCUUAGCUGGCUUCAAUCAGGAAAUUGUUUCAGGCUAUGUAGCACUAAUCUCAUUUUGUCAUUCAAACGCUGCAUUUUUGUUUGGUAAAAAACGACCAACCAAAUUAAGUUCCUCAGGUGUACACCCCUCUCAGAUGGCCUCAAGGAUGCCGUCCCACAUCUGACACCAGUGUAGCCAAUUUCGAGGGGGUAGCACCGACCAGGACUCGAAUCUGGGUCCAGCUACUGUAAAGCCCAACACAUGAAUCAUUACGGGAGGAGGUCCAAGUCUCUUUGAGGUCAUUGGGUUAAGGCAUGACUGAGUAUAAGCUUGUUGUGGUGGGUGCUGGAGGUGUUGGGAAGAGUGCCUUAACUAUCCAGCUCAUCCAGAAUCACUUUGUGGAUGAAUAUGACCCCACCAUCGAGGACUCGUACAGGAAGCAGGUGGUGAUUGACGGAGAGACGUGUCUGCUGGACAUCCUGGACACAGCCGGUCAGGAGGAGUACAGCGCCAUGAGGGACCAGUACAUGAGGACAGGGGAAGGCUUCCUUUGUGUGUUCGCCAUCAACAACAUCAAGUCCUUUGAGGACGUUCACCUGUACAGAGAACAGAUCAACAGGGUGAAGGACAGUGACAGUGUGCCUAUGGUGCUGGUGGGGAACAAGAGUGACCUGGGGAGUCGGAGCGUGGAGAGCAGGCAGGCUCAGGAGCUGGCCCGCGGCUAUGGUGUGCCCUUCGUGGAGACCUCUGCCAAAACCAGACAGGGCGUGGAGGAGGCGUUCUACUCUCUAGUCAGAGAGAUCAGGAGGUAUAAGGAAACCAACCGCAGCAACAAGAAGAGCAAGAAAAGCACUCAGAGACGUUGCACCAUUCUAUAACACCACACACACACUGCACAUAGCCCAUAACCCCCCCACACACUGCAGUUCCUUUACCACAUGGGAGACGUUACCUCUCGUAUUGACAGGGGAUCUGGAAUGGUGAACGCAUCAAGUUCCACUUUCUGUCAUUAGUGUCGUUACCGUAGUAACGGAAACUUCACUUCCUGUUGCUUCUCAUUGGCUGCUCCAUUAGAAUUGUGACUUCAGUUUAUCCACGUUGUUUUCUGACAAUUGUAAUAAGAAACUAGAAGUUGUAGCGUUGAAGAGGGGAUUUAUAGACUGGGUUUAAAGCCGCCAUCUUCGGUUAGUUUAAAUAUGAACGUCACUUUACUGCCCCUAGUGGUAAAUAUCUGAGGAGUAAUUAAUUGAUUAAUUAAUGGUGCAAGUCUCAUAGCUACACAUUCCAAAUGAUCAUCUUGUUUAUUUUUUCACCCUAAGGGGAAAAAAAUAGAUUUUUGGUCGUUGCCAACGUGUUCUGCAUUGCAAGAAGCCGGUGUAGGCUAGCUGUUCUUGCAUUCCAAGGUAGUUUUCUCUUCAGUAUUUACACAAGUGGCUAUCUCUGUUAUUGUUUUUUUAAACGAUUCAGCAGGGUUGUAAUAGAGAAGGUAUUUUGGUCCUCACUAGCCUCACUCUCACUUUCUGUAUUUAAAAAAUAAUCCAAUCAGAGUCGAAGGCCACAACUCACUAUUGUGUCAUUAGGCAGCGUUUACAUGGGCAGCUCAAUUGGGAUUUUUUUUUUUCAAUUAUUGGCAAAAGAGCUGAUCUGAUUGGUCAAAAGACCAGUUAGUGAGGAAAAUAUCAGAAUUAGGCUGCCUGUGUGAACACGGCCUUAUACUGUUGCCAUUUCUAUAGGAUCAUGUCCAAUUAUUUAGGCUAGCUGUUCAGUGUCCUAGCUUGAGGUCCAUUAAAGUUAAAGUUGUGCACAUGAA